AUGCCACUUCUUUACGCACUCUACUCUCGCUUUCCAGGCCUGCAGUCGCCGAGCAUGAUGAUGUCCCACCCAGUCGAGCUGAGGACGGCUUCUAAUACUGCUAUCUGCGUCAUUGCUGGCAUCGACAACGUAGCUUCCCCGUUGGCCUUCAUGUCGUACUUGCUCGCUGAACACCAAGAAGUGCAGGACAAAGUUCGAGCAGAAAUUCAAGCCCUACUUCAGAAAGAGGGGGAGCUCACAUACGACGGCCUCGGUGAACUCACCUACUUGGGCCAAGUGGUGUCAGAAUCACUGAGGCUCUAUCCGCCAUUUCCUGGCUGGGUGCCCAGGGCAUGUGAGGAGGACUACGAGUACAACGGGGUUCGGAUCCUGAAAGGCAUGCACGUUUCCUUUUACUCUCUCGAUGUGCACUACGAUCCCGUGCUGUGGCCGGAACCGAAAAAGUUUGACCCUGAACGAUUCAGCAAGGCAAACAAGGAGCGCAUACACCCCUUCUCGUACUUCCCCUAUGGACUUGGACCACGCACGUGCAUCGCAGCCGCUCUCGCCCGGGUAGAGUUCAUCGUCGUGCUUGCCCUGCUUGUGAUGCGGUACAGGUUACUGCCUAGCGGCAAGUACAAAAACGAGCCGCCGAAUUAUUCUGCAGGAGGGUUGGGGGGUUUUCCCAAGGAAGGUAUAUUCAUCGAACUACAGAAGCUUUGAAAUCCAGGAAAAGACUCAGAACAGAGUGAACACAUGUCAUGUUCACUAUAACUGAUAACCUUUUUUCAUGAAAUCAUUAAAGAAUUCUUUCUAUUCAAAAGCAACAUACGCUCAUAAUUCAUCGCAGGCAUCAAAUUUAUCGUUUGACUGGUAUUUUCUGAGCUCCAUACUGUAAACACUCACCAAUAAAGCAUGUCCUUUGCUUCCGUGU